UAUUUUAAUGCUACUUUUUAAAGUGACUUUUUUUUUCUCUCGUCGCAUUGGUCCUAAUUUAGAUUUUUUUUUUUCACCUUUUGAUCUUCCUUUUUGACAUUGACAUGAACACUAAUCUAUAUAAAAGACGUAGAUUACGCUCAACACAGCCUAUUCUAACUCGAGCCCAGUUUCGAGAUCUCGGUCAAAAAAUAUUAGGAUUAAAGUCAUUUAGACAAUCUGUUGAAUUUUUAAUGGACCCUUAUAAUUAUUUCAAGUUGAAUAAAGUUAAAAUGGCAGAAAUACAUCAAUAUUUAUUGAAUAAGGGUAUUACUCAACAGAAAUGUCCAAGUACCCAUAUUCGACAAGGUGAUCACUCAAGAGUUUUGAUCUCUAUUUUAUUUCCUGGAUAUCCUAUUAUUAAAGCAAGUGAACAUCAUUACCAAGAUCAAAGAGAAGGUCGCUCACCUCAGGCAAAAUCGAUUGAUUUGGCAUAUGACAAGCUACCUACUACAGACAAAUAUGAAAGACUUGAAGAACUUUUUCGGAUAGAUGUGAAUUGGCAUACAAAUGCAUCAAAUUCUUCUAUUGAUAUACCAUUAAAGAAAUUAAAUCGAUCUAUUGUAGUAGAAGGUCAUGCAUCUUCAAAUCUGAAUGUACGUCUCUUUUUAUACCUUUGGACAUCUGAAUUUAUGUCCUGGACUCCCUCUUCUGAUUUUAAAUUGUUUGUGGAUCAAAACGACAAGGAUUGUCUUACCCAAUCUGACAGAGAUAUUCAUCUAGAUGGGUUUAAACAUAUUGAUAUUACAGAAAAGUCAGUUCAAAUACAAAAGGCAAAUCGUCGAAGUACAGGUUCUGUCAAAUUUCAAUUUGUAUUUGGAAAAGAAAAGCCUAGUACAAUACGACAUAUCUCAGUAUGUGCUGUCGUUGAAAAGACAGAAGAAGAAUUGGCUAGUCAACUCUAUCUACAAACAUCUGCUCUUUAUAUUGGAAGAGCGAUGGAACGAUCAAGUAAGAAAACAAUACCGUUGGAACAACAGGAGGAGGUACAGAAAAAGGUAGUCGAGCUUCUCAACCCAUAUGACCAAGCGCAUGAUAGAUUAAAUUUAGCAAAAAUGGAACAGCUCUUCCUUUCUUGUGCAGAUACAUUUAUAAAAGAGUGGAAUGAUGACGAUGAAGAAGAACGAAAUAAUAAUGAUGAUGAUGAUAUUGAAGUAUAUACAGGUGCUGAAGUGAUUUCAAUGCUUGACCCUAUUUCAUUAGAAAAAAUUCAACAUCCUACUCGUUGUAUUUUUUGUAAACAUAAUACUUGUUUUGAUGCAGUUGUAUUUUUUAAAUUUCAAGUCAAAUCCAUGAAUUGGAAAUGUCCACUCUGUUAUAUUAAAAUACGUGGAAUUCAGGACCUUUAUAUUGAUUAUCAGCUCAAGAGUAUAUUGAAUAAAUAUCCUGAACAAGACAAAUUUUUACGAGAAUACAAUAAUGCUUAUUCUGUUGUUUCUAUGUUUCAACAGAAGGAAGAUGACAAUACCAUGAAUAAUAACAAAAAGAGAUCAUAUGAUGUAGUAUUCAUUCCAGACGAUGACAAUCUUGAUGGUCAAUCCUCUGUCAAGCGUGUAAAAAAUAUAAUUUAGAAUUUAUAUAUACACUUAUAGAGUUUUUUUUUUCAUACAUAGAGAAUUUGUAAUAUAAUAAUAAAAACACUCCUAAACUUUGUAUUUAUAUUAAAGA